UAUACAAAAAAGGCCACUCAAUCCCUCCUUCUCGCUUACAGCAAAUCAUAGUUUGCAGCUGUCGGAUUCGACUUUCUCCCUUUCUUUUUCCAAAUUUCCCGUUCUAAAACUCCUACAAAACACCUCGUAUAGAUUUCACAUUGUUGCAAUUGCUUCUGUAGUCAGUUCACAUGAUGUACUUAUGUUUGUCAAGCGAAUGCAUCUGUCUGAUUCUUGAAUAGAUGCGAUGGCGUACCAGCAUUAUCGAUCACCUUUCGGGGACACUACGUUUACCAAAGUGUUUGUUGGCGGACUUGCUUGGGAGACGCCUACAAAUGUACUGCAAGAAUAUUUUGAGCAAUUCGGGGAAAUUCUUGAAGCGGUUAUCAUCACUGAUAAAAUUACAGGAAAAUCUAAAGGAUAUGGAUUUGUAACUUUCCGCGAUGCUGAAUCAGCUAGGAGAUCUUGUGCAGAACCGAACCCUGUGAUUGAUGGAAGAAAAGCAAAUUGCAAUAUUGCUUCCCUUGGCCGGCCUAGACCUUCCACGCCUCGAGGAAGAACACAAGAUGGACCAUCAUCAUCAUCAUCAUCCUAUAGUGGAGUGCCGGGAGUGGCAUUAGCUCCACCAGUACCCCCACCACCACCUGUCAUUUAUCCACCUUACGGGUUCGGACCCUACCCUUCUGAUUACGGCUACCACCAAGGCAUGUACAAUCCGCAAGUUCAGCAGCAGCAGGCACAAUAUUAUCAACAGGCAUAUGGAGUGGGAGUGUCAUCUCCAUCAGCAAUAAGCUCACCCUAUUAUUAUGGAUACCCGAUGCACGCUACAAGGGGAACAUUUUAUUCAGGUUCUCAGAGAAUUCCCCCACCACAGUCUUAUCCUUACUAUCCUCAGCUUACACAAAUGCAGCACCACCAGCAGCAACAGGAAUUGCCCUCUUUCCCUAGCUAUCCUCCGGCCCCUCUUCUACUUCAACCACCCCAGCACCCGUUCCCCCCUCCUAGUCCAGAUCCACGGACUACGCAACAUACCUCAAGCGAUGAAACAGAAGGUGGUGCAGAAGUGGUUAUUUCGGAGAGUCCAAAUACAUGAUCAUUGCCAAUGAAGAAGAAGCUACCUCUCCCAGUCACACCAUUCCUAAUCCACAUUCCUGACAUAUCAGUUUUUCUUCAACAUUCAUUCCUUAUUGUUUUCCUCAUCCAAAAUGGUUGUCACCUGUUGCUCUUUACCCUACCCCUCCUUUUUUUAGUUGAAAUUUAACUUUCGACGUACAAUUUUAAAUAUUUUGACCGUAAAAUAAAAAAAUUAAUUAAUUUAUCAUCAGUUAA